GGUUACAGUAAAGAGACAGCAGUGCAUUUACUUUUACAUGUUCAAGAUACGUAUCAGUAUUAAUUUAUUUAAUUGUAUUUCUGCAAAAGGAACUAAUUAGUUUUUAAUAUAAUGCGAACUAAUUCAGCCCUGACGCAGUCAAAGUGAAAUCAGUGUUACGCCUAACGCAUGCCAAAUCAAACAGAACGGCAAUUAUAUAUUUCCCACGAUUGUAUGUAGCGCACAGACGCGGAAGUAAAGUAUAAUGGUGUUUUGUUAUAAAAUAAUAACAGAGUUGCCGAGACGAUCGCGAUGCGCCUCGCCGAGAAAAUCAUCACCUAUUGGACGCUGUUCUUGUGAUCCUAUAAGCACUUUCGAUUGUGUGGCAAAUAAAGGCGAAGUUUGGGAUUUCAUUCCUGAUCGUGAAUGGAAGCUAUUAGCAGCUUUAGCGAGGAAAAGAGACGAUGAACGGAUGAGGGAGAAUCUUGCAGAACAGUUUCAGAAAUUGUGGAUUAAGGAGAAGGAAAAUCGUGAGAUGGUAGAAGCUGAAACUUCAGAACAAUACAAACGCUAUCUGAACCAGAAGAGAACAGAAGAGAAGUAUCACAACGAAUACAAACGCCUGCAGCGAGAUGCAGAAGAGCAAAUCAAAACAGGCCAGCUGUUACAUUGCAUCCGGUAUAAAGAGCAGAGGAGCGCAGACUUGCUCGCGUGGAGGGAUGACCAAAAGGUGUCGGAGCUGGUUGGCAAGGCGGCGGAGACGGCGGCGCGAGCGCGCGGGGCGGCGGACCGGCGCGCGCGGCGCGGGGACGUCACCGCCUGGCACCGACACGUGCAGCUGUUGCACGCGCGCCGGAAGGCGGACGACGCCAGUGCACGACGAAACGAAAUGCUGCGGAAUGCUUCGCAGCGUCUAGCCAUCAGCAACACCCUAAGUUGUUGGGAAACCUCCCUAAUACGUCAAGAAAUGGCAGCAAUGGAUGCAGCAAGGCGUGCGCACGUUGUAGCACUUUGCGCACUAAAAGACGCGCGGAGUGUGCGCGUUACGCGCGCGAGGGAGACGAAACGACAACGUGCGAGGAGAUUGGCUGCUAUCACCGCUCAAAUGAGAGAAGCCAUCAAAGGGAAUUAAAUACCAUUUUUUUGCAAUUUGAAACCUAAAUAAAAGAGAGAGAACGAUUAAGUCAUAAGAAUAACAUUUAACUAAAAAAAUCAUAACAUUAUAAAAAUG